AUCCUGGCCAUUGGUCCAUUGGUUCAACCCGCCUGGAAGGAAAGAUUCAGACUCCAGUGGCAUGUAAAAGCCUGCUUUAUGCCCACCCACACACCGUCCCCAGGUCUCCUGUUGUGAGUGCAGCUUCAGAAGAAGAGAGUCAUGGAGAAGCCAGUUCCUCCCAGACACCAUCCAAUCAAUUCGAUGAGACCCUACUGCUCUUCACUGUCAGACGAGAAAUUAAGAGAGCCAGAGGAGCACCCCGUGAGGCCUGGAGCAGUCCAAUUUUGGCAAAGCACAUGACAAAAAAUCUUAUUAGAUCCCACUCAGUCACUCCUUUGCACCUGGAGGCUGCAGGCACGCACAUCAAUAGGCACAUGAGACUUCAGAACCGGCCCUCCUGCAAUUCCAGGGGAUAUUCUGCCCCACUUGGUCCCGCUGCGAGGCAUUCCACCGCCAUCGGCCUUUGCAGGAAAAGCCAGACCCCUUUGGCCUCGUCGGAGGACCCCCGGAGUUCCUCGGAGCCAGAGCUGGAGGACAGGAAGGCAGCCUCAGGAGGCGCUCAGGCGGACCCCCAUCGCCAAAGCCGACCCCGGGGCGCGCCCCUAAGUCCGGCUGGAGGAGGCGCAGUUGCCAUGGCACCGGAGAUGCUCCCCAAGCAUCCUCAUCCCCCGGGGAAAAGGGAGCCCAGGGUGGACGCCUCCCUCCACGGCAAUCUGGCAGGAGCGUCCCUUCCUCUGCUCGCCGGUGCUCCCACCCAUCUCCCCUCAAAGAAGUUAAUCAAGGUUUGCUCUUCUCCCCCCGCCCGCCCACCCCAGCGUUUCCAUACGGUUUGUUCACAGGCCCCUCCUAGGCCGGGGGUGAAUGCUCACUUACAUUGACCGCUGCGAGGGAAUUGUCCGCGGGUGCUGCCCAUCUUCAAAUCAAUGCCUGCCCAGAACAACAGAAAAGGCCUCAGAUGUACUGGUUUCCACAGAACCAUUGUUAGGCUUUUGUGAAGCAGUUUUGAACCUAAUAAAUAAUGUCAAAAGUC